AUGCGUGGUUUUAGAAUGCCAGACGAUGAAAGCAUAGAUAAAGGUGCCCACAGCGAUCGCGGAGGUGUUUGGUUCGGGCCCCGUCUAGGCAAGAGGUCAUCCCAUCAACAAAAUGAAAACAGCCGGCCUGCACUAUUCAAGCUUUUAGAGGCAGCGGAUGCUGUGAACUUUUACUAUAACCAACUGCCGUAUGAUAUGCAGGCGGAGGCACAGGGCUUUUUAGUAGAUAAACGAGUAAUCUUCACGCCAAAACUUGGCCGUGCUGUCGAAGAAGGCAGGGGUUACGACAACGUGGAGUAUACACCUCGCUUGGGACGACGUAAGCUGCCGCAAGAUCUGCCCCCACUUUCCGAAGACGAUGUUUACAAUUACGACCAGGCUGCCAACUCAAAAGCAAGCUAUUUCUCCCCCAGAUUGGGGAGAAACUAUAAUUUUUCACCUCGACUUGGACGGGAACUAAACUAUGAAUUAUACCCAAGAGCUCCACGGUUCACGCGAAGUGUUAACGCAACAAAAUUGAGAUAAAUAUACCUACCCACCCACCCACUAUGAAAACGCGGAAGUAAUAUUACUAUGAAUUACUAUGAAAAAAAAAUUAUUAUGUAAUAAAUUAAAUAAGGCUUAUUUUUAAAUGUUUUGGACAAAUUAAAUCUAUUUAUAAUAUGU